AGCAAAAAAGUGGAAAUAAACCUACUCCAGCCAGCUGAGGAUGAGUCUGUCACUACACACUAGAUCUUACAACGAUGAAUGAAUUUAAUAAAAAAGUUAACAAUCAUUAAAAGUGUUUAAUAAAGAAAUACUAUUAGAUAUCUAGUUACAUAACGUGUACUUUUAAUUCAAGCACGUUAAUUAUUGCUGUGCUAUUUAACAUGCAUGUGUAUUAAUUGCAACCUAACUCCACAAGGAUUAUUAACAGAAAAUUGAAACUGGUGGACCAGCAGGGUGGACGAUUAAAUCAAAAUUUUGAAGAAACGCAGGACAGGAAAACUCAACUUUCAAUUAUAUAUUGAUUUGGAAUGGAUUCUGAACUGGGUAUUUCCUCCCAAGAUGACGUGAUAGAGGUCACCCCCGCUCGUUAUCCCUAUGAUGAUUUACUUGCUCAAAUGGACCCACGACCGUCCCGGCACCAAGAGAAUUUUUUUCUGUCAAACAUGUACUAAUGCAUACUCAAAACGGAAAUCAUUGCUAAGGCACGAACUGAACAGGUGUACUGGACUCAAUUACAAAAGAUGUGAGAGGUGUAGGAUCGAGUUUGCAACGACGGAGUUAUAUAGAAGCCAUAUAACUUUCGAAAGCUGCAUCAAGAGGCCCCCCGCUGGAGGAGUCAAAGUUGGGAUCAUUACCAGCAGUAAGGUGCAGGUUGAGGAAAAUUGUUCUGGGAUUAUCUGCCCCGUAUCCACGUGUCGGAGAUGGUAUCAUGCUGAUGAGUGGCGAAGGGCGCAUGUGCAAAAGUGUCACGCAACUUGGGAUAACAGAUGUGUCCUAUGUGAGGAGAAGUUUGAUACGUACGAGGCCCUUUUUGACCAUCUGAGAAAUACGCAUGGGUCCUCGGAGGAGGAGGAAGAGCAAGAUCUCGUGAGAGUAAAAACAGAACUGAUUCUGGACGACGAGGAAAUUGGUGGGGAGGCGUCCGGAGUGGAAAUUGGUGCAGGAGUAAGGAUUAAACAGGAAGUUGACCUGGAUGCAGAAUUAGACAUGGAUAAGGUGAAAAGAGAAGUAUGUGACGCUGGAGGAGAAAUUUGUAAUGUGGUAAAUGUAAAAAUUGAACCUGGUCAGGAAUUUUAACCUAGUAGAAUUAAGUUCUUAAUUUUUUAUGAAUAUUUUUAUGGAAUGAGAAGAAAUUAUUUAAUAACAUAUUUAGUUACACGGAUUAUGAUGCAAAUUUUAAGUUAAUCUUGAUAAUCAGAAUUUGAAUGGAAACUCAAUAAAUGAUUAUGUCCAUUGGUGAUACAUAUGAUGAAUAGAGGAAAAUUUUCACAA